AUGUAUUCGUCAAAUAGCUCCAUCAACGGCAAUGACCUAAUCUCCUACUCUAACCAACCAUUUUUCUAUAGGCCUUUUUCCAUUGAAAGCAACACAUCUUCAAAAGAAGAAAACAAUUGUGCCCUUCUUCCUCUUCCUCCUUUGUCCUUUCUUCAAUUCCCUUCUCCCUUUGAAGACAACGAAAUCUUCCUUGAACAACAACACCAUGAUGAUCUCUUACCUCAUCAUCACCAACAAUCUCUAGCUGAGAUGGAUGCUGCAAUUAUUAACAUCAAGAAUCCUUGCCAUGUAACAACAACAACAACAACAAUGGAGCAGAUACCAAGAAAAAGAUCUAGCAAGAGAGAUCGACACAGUAAGAUCAACACAGCUCGAGGACUCAGGGAUCGGAGAAUGAGACUUUCACUUGAAGUUGCAAAGAGGUUUUUUGGCCUUCAAGACAUGCUAGGCUUUGAUAAAGCUAGCAAAACUGUUGAGUGGUUACUGAACCAAGCAAAAGUUGAAAUCAAACAACUUGCUAGAGAGAAGAAUCAUCCCAGUUAUUAUUGUAGCAGUUUUGGUGCUAAGAGUGCAUCUUCAACUUCUGAAUGUGAAGGUGUGUCGAGCUUGGAUGAGGUUGCGGUUAGUGGAAAUCAAGGUCAAGAAGGGGAAAAGAAGAGAAGAAUUAAGGUUUCUAGAAAGAGUGCAUUGAAUCCUAUUGGUAAAGAAUCAAGGGAAAAAGCAAGGGAAAGGGCAAGAGAAAGGACAAAAGAAAAGCUUAAAAGUCGAAGACUAGUUCAUGAAUCAAAACAAUGCAAUGAAGGAACAAACAAUAACCUUAACCGAUUGGGUUCAUGGAACCCCUUUGAAACGGUAGAAGAACCUGCAGGUACACAGAAUCAAAGCUUGGAUGUGGUGGCUGAGGCUGAAGAACCAUGUUCUCACUCAAAGGAGCAUUUGGGAACCAUAGAGGAUAUGACACAUGAAGAUUCUUUGGUGAUGAUGAACAAAUGGAGCCCAACUACUAUGAUGUUCAAUUCUCUCAAUAACUCUGGAAUUAUCCUUCAAGAAGUAAGUUCAAAUUAA